AUGCGCCGACAACAAACUGCUACUAAUCCUAAGCCAUCGAAUACAUCGACCAAGGAUCGAGUUGCCGCCCUUACUGACCUCGAGCACAGAAUGCAAACGAUUGCCGAGGAGGUCGUCAAGCGUUUGGGAUCUCUUGGUAGCGGCAUUGUGCAAGAAUUUGAAAAGCAGCAGCAGACAGGCCCAGGCAGUAUCAUUGGUAUACGCCCAACGAUGGAACCCCUGCAGACACAUCCACCACCACAUGCUCUUGCUACUGAUGGUGUUGGCGCACCUGUCCACAUUGGUGCCGAGUCAUUGGCUUCCAUACUCAUUGACACUUUAAAAUCUACCAACCCUAUAGCGUCUUCUCCACCAUCAAGGGCCGAGAUAGAGUUGUCCGGGCACUCCGCAUACGAGACCAUGCAAUUACUGUGUAUGGUGGACAAAGGCUCUACACACCCCUUUACGAGUCUUUGGAAGCCUGGAGCUACAGUGGAAGACAUCUGCCUCGCCCUGCCCGACAAUGAAACUUUUGAACAGUGCUUGGACACCUUUCUCGCAUCAGUCAACCUUAUCUCCCCUUCCAUUCCAUUGCAUGAAUUUGUGGUGGACGCCAGAGUCUUUUGGAGUGAGCGCUCCAAUGGUCAAAGGGGAGAGAGCGAGCUUCGGUCUACUUCGUGGCUCGCACUUCUCUUUUGUGUUCUUGCGAGCGGAUGCUCGUAUAGCAGUCUUCAAGGCAAGGAUAACGACUUGAGUUCCAGAGUCUUUGUUUGUUGCGCCUUCGAGCUCCUCCGGCUCGAUAACUACCUUCUACAGCCAACCAUCGAUAAUGUGCGAGUAUUGGCAGCACUGGCCGCAAAUUUACGUGUGCAGGAUAAUCCUGCUGCGUCUUGGUCACUACUAGGAAUGGCUAUUCGAGCAGCGCAAUCGAUAGGUCUACACUGUGUACCGCCGCCAAAUGAGAAUACUGAUGCGAUUGAUCGACAGUCUUGGGAUUUAUGGCAAGGCCUUGUAUGGCAAGACACUACGCUGUCGAUGUGUUAUGACCGGCCACCAGUUGCUUUUAUCGAUGGCUCUGUGAAGCGAUUACCUCGCCACAGCCCGGAAGGGUAUCCUUAUUUACAGAGCUGCUAUGGACUCGUGAUGAUAAUGAACGAUAUAUACCACGAAUGGACACAUGCUCGACGCGCCGGAUUGCGCACUCUCCCAGUAAUACGCUUCCAGGUCGCCGCCGAACAGAUUCUGCUAUGGGAAGCCUCCGCCGAGGAGUACCUACAGAAACGUAUCUGCUGCAAAGACGACAGUCAGCGGCUCCUCCACGACGUGUUCCAGAUCUUUGUCAACUUCUUCAUUUUUCAGCUCCAUCGACACCAUUUGGCUGUUCCGUUGUUCGCGAAUCAGCUACAGUCUACGAAUAAUUCGCCAGCAUCGAUAUGGGGAAAUCAGGAAAGCAAUGAAGUCCAGAAUUUGAUGUGUAUGGACCGUUGUGAGUACAUUCUUCACCGUUUCAUGUCUAUACGGCGGUCGAAUCCUCAAGCUAGUCGGUUGUGGAUCCUUAUGCAUAUCUCUCUUGGAUGUACUAUGUACCUUGCCAGCCAUCUCGAGAAGCAUACUGCUGGGCAACGAGAAGCUGAAUCUCCGGAUCAGAGCAAGAUUACAGCUCGCCACCAGCUGUUACGUGACGUGGCAGAGGAUUUGCAACAAGACCCCCCCAGCGCGAUGCACCCGCAUCAUGUGGAUUUUCUGAAUGCACUCAAGAACAUCACUUAG